AUGCGCUGGCUGCAACUGUCUCGUGCUUCUGCCGGUCUGCGCCGCAGCAGCCCUACCACGCUGCGCAUGCGCCCGACAUCGUCGUUGCUGUCUCGCAGCUUCAGCGCCGCCAUGUCGGACGCGGAUGUGCCGCCUUUUGCGCCUGGCUUCCCCGUGCCCGAGGGCUACAUGAACAACCUGCGGAACAUUGGUAUCUCGGCACAUAUUGACUCCGGCAAGACGACGCUUACGGAGCGCAUCCUCUUCUACACGGGCCGUAUCAAUGCGAUCCACGAUGUGCGUGGCAAGGACGGUGUCGGUGCCAAGAUGGACUCCAUGGAGCUGGAGCGCGAGAAGGGUAUUACCAUCCAGUCCGCUGCCACAUAUUGCUCCUGGAAGGACUCCAACAUCAACAUUAUCGACACACCUGGUCACGUCGACUUUACCAUUGAGGUGGAGCGCGCGUUGCGUGUGCUGGAUGGCGGCGUGCUGGUGCUCUGCGGUGUUUCCGGCGUGCAGAGCCAGUCACUUACUGUGGACAAACAAAUGAAGCGUUACGGUGUCCCCCGAAUUGCAUUUAUCAACAAACUUGACCGUAUGGGUGCCAACCCCUGGAAGGUCAUUGGAGACCUGCGCACACAGCUCAAGCUGAACGCCUGGGCGCUGCAGGUGCCUAUCGGCGCUGAAAAUGACCUUGAGGGUGUCGUAGAUCUUCUGACCAUGAAGGCUCUGCGCAACAAGGGCGACAGCGGUGAAGUAAUCGAGGAGUCAGACGACAUUCCUGCUGAGACUCGCAGCUUGGCCGAGGAAAAGCGUCUGGAGCUCAUUGAGGCGCUGGCUGAUGUUGAUGAUGAAAUCGCUGAGCUGUUCCUUAUGGAGGAAGAGCCCACCGUCGAGCAACUUAAGGACGCCAUUCGUCGUACCACUAUUGCACACAAGUUUGUGCCGGUUAUGAUGGGAUCGGCCUUCAAGAAUCGUGGUGUGCAGCCAAUGCUUGACGGUGUUAUUUCAUAUCUGCCGAGUCCGUCGGAGGUCAAGAACUACGCUUUGGACCAGUCGAAGGGCGAGGCUCGUGUGGGUGUCCCGUGCUCCCCCGAGGCGCCUCUACUGGCGCUUGCUUUCAAGCUGGAGGAGGGAAAGUUCGGUCAGCUGACGUACAUGCGUGUGUACGCUGGUACCCUUAAGCGCGGUGGCUUUAUCUACAACAUGAGCGAUAUGAAGCGCAUUAAGGUGCCGCGUCUAGUAAAGAUGCACUCGAACGAGAUGGAAGAAGUGGAGGAAGUUAGUGCUGGCGAGGUCGUGGCCAUGUUCGGCGUUGAAUGUGCCAGUAUGGACACGUUCAGUGACACGAACCAGGGCAAGUUCACUAUGACGAGUCUGCACGUGCCUGAGCCGGUGAUGUCGUUGGCGGUGACGCCCAAGAACAAGCAGCAGAUCGGCAAUUUCUCCAAGGCGCUUAACCGUUUCCAGAAGGAAGAUCCGACGUUCCGUGUGCGUGUGGAUGACGACAGUAAGGAGACGAUCAUUAGUGGUAUGGGUGAGCUGCACCUGCAGAUCUACGUGGAACGCAUGAGGCGUGAGUACAGCGUGGAUGUGGAGACUGGUGCGCCCCAGGUGAACUACCGCGAGACGAUCCGUCAGCGUAGCGAGUUCAACUACCUGCACAAGAAGCAGAGUGGUGGUUCUGGUCAAUACGCCCGUGUGGUUGGGUACGUUGAGCCUCUUACGGACGAGGAGGUAGAAGAGCUUGACAACGCAGGCAACACUUCGGGUGUCGUGUUCGAGAACGCUAUCGUCGGUAAUGCUAUCCCUCCUGAGUACAUUACGGCUUGUGAGAAGGGUGUGAACGAUGCCAUUCAAAAGGGUUGGCUCAUUGGCCACCCGGUGCAGCGUAUGCGUGUGGUGGUGAAUGAUGGUCAGUCGCACUCUGUGGAUUCCAGCGAACUUGCUUUCCGUACCGCUAUGGUGCUGGCUAUCCGCCAGGCGUUCCUGAAGGCCGAUCCGUGCAUCCUCGAGCCUGUAAUGGCUGUGGAAGUGGAGGUGCCCAACGAAUUCCAGGGUACGGCUAUUGCUGAGGUGAACCGUCGCCGUGGUCUCAUUAACAGCAGCGACGCCGAUGAGAUGCACACUGUCGUCAAGUGCGACGUGCCGCUGCAGAACAUGUUUGGCUUCUCGACGGAUCUGCGCUCGUCCACGCAGGGCAAGGGUGAGUUCACGAUGGAGUACAAGACUCACGGUAUUGUCAUGCGUGACAUGCAGGAGAAGCUGGUGGCCGAGUACGAGAAGUCGCUGGCUGCCAAGAACAAAUAGAUGUAAGUCGCUCUUAAAUUUCUUUGCCCGGGACGUAGACAGCUAGCUGCAUCAGCUGUAGCUAGGAAUUAGACCAGGUAGACUGCGGUCUGUGGGUAACAAAACAUUCACGUAUUUUUCA